AUGAAGAAGAUCAUUCCCGAUGCUGUUAUGGACGAGGCUGCCUGUCUCCAGAUGCUCAGCAGUGUCGAUUAUGAUAUGGAUCGCCGUCCAGAAUUCAAGUACGCAUUCGAGCACUCUCUCGGAGUUGCAAAGAUGUGCCUUUUAUCUCCUGAGAACGGUAUGCGCGGUCUCGCCCUCGCUGCUCUCCUCAGCUAUGAUAUCCAGCAACUUGUCCGAAUGCAGCACGAACGGUGGAUUAGAGAGCAGCAUGGAGCGUUCAGCUUCGGGGAUAUUGAAAUGAGCCCUGAAGAGUGUAUCCGUCUGGCCUCCGCCUCGGCCGUCGUCGUGAGCCAGGCCGACACCUUCCGCCGAGAAAGACCGGGGCCCGGUCUCCUGACCAUGUCUGUUCGAGACACUACUAGCAAUGAAAUCGAGAGAACCUUCAAGGCAAUCACAGGCACCCGCCAUGUCCGCGGUAGCUUCAUCACCCGCUUUCAGGCCGAGUUCUCCUUCGACCCGGCCCCCGUCACCGCUGACGAGAUCAUCGUCGAAGCUAGUACCGGGCACGGGGCUCGCCAUCGUCAAGCUCGUGCAGCCCGGCGAUGA